CUGCCUGGUGACGUAUGCUGAGGGAGGGGGAAGAGACAAGAUGGCGGCGACGGGGAACUGAUCGGAGGGGGGAAAUACAGGGCCGCCCAUCACCUGGAGCAUGGCCGCGGUUGAUCAGACAGGAGCGGCGGGAGGAGAGCGGACGUGGUGACCCGCCUGGAAACAUGGAUGAGCAUCGUGUAGGAGAACCUGGAAUUCGGGAUUACACGACAAUGCGGGAUUAUGCUUUGGAUAGCGGUCAGGCAGAGUGUCUGAGUGACUGACGACAUGGGUGUGAAUGCUUCAAGCUACCCCCACUCGUGUUCCCCGAGAGUAGGGGGAAACGCGCAGACGCAGCAGACAUUCAUAGGGACAUCCUCUUACUCACAUCAAGGUUAUGGCUACGAGUCCAAGUUGUACAGCCUUGAACACGGGCAUGAGAAACCCCAAGACAAGAAAAAGAAAACAUCUGGCCUUGCCACGCUCAAAAAGAAAUUCAUUAAGCGUCGGAAAUCGAGCAGGUCAGCGGAUCACGCCAAGCAGAUGAGAGAGCUGCUCUCUGGGUGGGAUGUUCGAGAUGUCAACGCACUGGUGGAGGAAUACGAGGGAACAGCAGCCUUAAAAGAGCUGUCUCUGCAGGCCAAUGUGGCACGGCCAGAAACCAGGACUUUGCCGAAAGAUAUGGGCGACCUUUACGAAUACAAAUACUGUACUGAUGUGGAUCUCAUAUUCCAGGAGACCUGCUUUCCCGUGCACCGUGCCAUAUUGGCAGCAAGGUGUCCGUUUUUCAAGAAGUUGCUCUCCUCGUCCCCAGAGUACGGAGCAGAAAUCAUCAUGGAUAUCAAUACCGCCGGCAUUGACAUGCCAAUGUUUUCUGCCUUGUUACACUACCUGUACACCGGGGAGUUUGGCAUUGAGGAUUCCAGAUUCCAGAAUGUGGAUAUACUGGUGCAGCUGAGCGAGGAAUUCGGUACGCCAAACUCAUUGGACAUUGAUAUGCGUGGGCUGUUUGACUACAUGUGCUACUAUGAUGCGGUGCUUAGCUUUUCCUCCGACUCCGAGCUGGUGGAAACCUACGGCGCUCAGAGCUGCUUAGAUGAGGAGCUCCGAGCUCACAAAGCGAUCCUCUCAGCCCGGUCUCCGUUCUUCCGCAACUUGCUGCAAAGGCGAAUACGGACUGGGGAGGAGAUCACCGACCGGACAUUAAGGACUCCAACCAGAAUCAUCCUCGAUGAAUCCAUAAUACCAAAAAAAUAUGCAAAAGUCAUUUUGCAUUGCAUGUACACAGACGUAGUGGACCUGUCCUAUGUCUUGCACUGUAGCCCAUCGAUAGGGAGCCUGAGUGAAGUGCAGGCUCUGGUAGCAGGAAAGCCAAAUAUGACUCGGGCUGAGGAAGCAAUGGAACUCUACCACAUAGCACUGUUCUUAGAGUUCAACAUGUUGGCACAAGGCUGUGAAGAUAUCAUUGCAGAGAGCAUCUCUCUGGACACCUUUAUCGCCAUCUUAAAGUGGAGCUCUCAGCCCUACGGAUCCAACUGGGUUCACCGUCAGGCUUUGCACUUCCUGUGCGAGGAGUUCAGCCACGUCAUGAUAUCAGACGUGUUCUAUGAGCUAAACAAGGACCAUCUGUUGACUGUGAUCCAGUCUGACUACCUCCAGGCAAGUGAACAGGAUGUUUUGAAAUAUAUCAUUAAAUGGGGAGAAUUUCAGCUGAUGAAGAGAAUUGCAGACAGAGAGCCUAAUCUGUUGAGCGGGACAGCGCACAGCGUGAACAAGCGAGGGGUCAAACGAAGGGAUCUAGAUGUUGAGGAGUUAAAAGAGAUCUUAUCCCCCCUGCUGCCUUUUGUCCGCAUCGAACACAUCUUACCCAUGAACAGCGAUGCGCUGUGUGACCCCAUGAAAAGGGGACUGAUCAGCACUCCGCCCGCAGACAUGUUGCCAACCUCAGAAAGUGGAAAGUCAAACUCCUGGCUACGCCAAAAGAAUGCCGGCAUAUACGUCAGGCCAAGACUGUUCUCACCCUAUGUAGAGGAGGCUAAGUCUGUGCUGGAUGAGAUGAUGGUGGAGCAGACGGAUCUGGUUCGUUUGAGGAUGGUUCGAAUGUCCAACGUACCAGACACACUAUACAUGGUGAACAAUGCCGUGCCGCAGUGCUGUCACAUGAUUAACCACCAGCAAAUGAACAGCAGCCAGACGAGCCCUCCUACUGUUGUAGCAAAUGAAAUACCAGUUCCUCGGCUUGCCGUUGUGAAGGAGAUGGUCAGGCGCCUCCUGGAGCUGCGUCACACCGAGCAGGUUCAGCGGGCAUACGCUUUAAAUUGUGGAGAAGGUGCUACCGUCAGCUACGAGAUUCAGAUCCGAGUGUUGAGGGAAUUUGGUCUGUCUGAUUCUGCUGCAGAGCUAUUGCAGAAUCCCCACAAGUUCUUUCCGGACGACAGGUUUGGAGAUGAAAGCCCACUUCUGACUCUGCGCCAGUCCGGGAGAUGUAGAAUUAACAGCACCCCUGCUACGGAAACUCUCUUUACGGACUCUUAUGUGGCCUUCCAUCCUCCUCUUCCCCCACCCCCACCUCCUUAUCACCCACCAGCUACUCCCAUCCACAACCAAUUCAAAGUGGGCUGGAAGCACAGGGUUCCCAGCCAGCACCCAUCACGCUCAUUCUCCUACCCCUGCAACCAUUCAGUGUUCCACUCCAGGACUAUUCCUAAAGCUACGCCACCUGCCUAUCUACCUGGUGUCAAAACAGCACCCCCUGAUUGCACUAACAAUACUGGCUUUGGGAGGCAGACUGUGGCAGCAGCUGCAGCAGCGGCCUUGGCAGCGGAACAGCAAGCGUGUGGCGAGCCAGUUCUAAAUGAGUUCAUGCCAGAUAUUGCAAUGGGUGUAUCCACUAUGUCGCUGAAAGACAGGAGGCUGCCAGAAUUAACCAUUGAUACCCAACUGAGCCAGCAAGUGUCCGAUAUGAUGCCAGUCCCUGCCCAGCACCAUUCAUAUAUCCCUAGCAGGCAUAUGCACACUUCGAGAAAGAAGGUAACUGCGGAACAGAAGAUGGACUCCCGGGAUAGCCAGCCAGAAUAUCCAGAGUUCUAUGACUUCUCCAACUCUGCUUGUCGGCCGUCCACCCCUGUCCCAAAUAGACACUCUCCUUUGGCUUCGCAAGGCAUUUAUUUUGGACCUGAUUUGUACAGUCACAGCAAACCGCCACCAAGUGGAUUAAAAUCCACCUAUCUCUCCAACCAGAUCUCGCCAAAAAAGCAAGAGGAUUCCAGGAGAGAUUACUUGUUCUCCCAGGACAGUCAUCACAGGCAAAAGAAUGAACCGUUACACCUUGAUGUCUUAGAACAGCCUCCUCAAAGACUAGAUUUGGCGCUUGCCGCCCAGGAGGGUGCUAACCACAGCUCUCACCUGGGCCGGGGGCGUACGAAAGUGGAAUCUGACCUGACGUACGGCCUGACCUCUAACAGAGCCUCACACUCUGCAUACAGCUCUGACCGGCAGGACGAGCGCUCUUUCAGGAGAAUCGCAGAUGGCGACCUCCUAGAUCAUGCUGCACAGAGGAAUAUGGACCUAGAGCGAGAGGACACUGUAGGCAGAGAGCGGAGGUCUCCUAACAAGCCUGACUUUCUGUACAAGAAAUCGGCCCUCUGAAAACAAGAACCUCUCAACAUAAUCUCUGUGCCUAAAACUUCUGGAGUACAUCAUUUUCCAUGGAUUUGUUCUGUCAAUGUAUGCUUUGCCAGAAAAAUAACCCAGUCUGUAUCCUUUCCAUUUAAUUUCCCUUGCGUUAUCCGUGGCUGCAUACACCCCUCUUCUUCCCCAUGCUACUCGCAGUAGCGUCGUCUUCUUUUUUUAUUUGUUUUUUGUAAUGGACUUUUGCAAUGGUUUAUUUGCUUUUUGUAGCAAAAUAAGUUAGCUGGCACCUUUGAUUUUUUUUUUUGCAUUCUAUUUGCAGUUUUAUUUUGCACCUGCUUGUUAUGUUUUGCAGCUUGGCAGUUAAGUGCAUUUUUAUGUUAAUAUAUAUAUAUAUAUAUAUUAUUAUUAUUAUUAUUUUUAUUUUUUUGUGAUCCUGCAUUAACUUCCAUUUCCAAUGGGUUUAACAUUUACGUAAAGUAUUUUGUAAUAGCGAGACAGCUUUUUUUUUUUUUUUUUAAUAAUCAAACAAUCCAAAGAAGCACACAUACAAUUCUAUACGUACAUUGAGGUUAUAUAGCGUUCCAUGGCCUCGUGUUCAUCUGGUUGGCUUUAUCCCAUGAUUUCUGACGCCAGCGCACUCUCCUUAAUUUGCCAUUAGUAACUGUUUAUUAAACUCAGCUGAGUUAGUAAUACACUAAGUAAGUCACUACCAUAUUGAAAUCCUUAUUUAAAUGCAGAGAUCUGUAAACCUGCAGAAACCAAUAUGUAUAAUUGGUAAUCCGUCUAAAGCAAGUUACUCUAUGAUAAUGUGGUCAUUUAUAGGAAUGCUUGUACAGAAAAUCUGAUGUAUUUUUUGGUAAAUGACCGCCAUAUGGCAUCUUCUGCUGUUUGUUGGGGGGGUGUUAUAUACCUUCCUCACUCCAUGCAAGACAGCCGCCAGUCAAAUGGGGGAGGGAUGAGUGUAAAGUUCCUGUGCACCCGUAGUUUACAGGCUCUAUACUUGUAUAUCCAUUUGCUGGGCAAAAGUGACCUCGCUGAGGCACAAGGCACUUAGUGAUUUCAUGUUCCUAGUGAAUCGAUAGUCUGGAAAUGUACACACAAAUUGCCUCCAUCGUUUGCAGGUGACAGGUAUGCUCCAACACUUCCAGCUGCCUCCUAACUUCUACUUAAUGUAUUCAUAUAUCUAAUAACUCCCCAUGCACUUCUUCAAACAUUCCCAAAUAUAUGCAGAUUAUAUCCUGUAUGUUCUAGAUAAUGCAGUUCACCUUAAAAUCACAGUAGGUUUCAUAUUACCAGCGUUUUUCAUACAGUAGAGGCCACAUGACCUACCUCCUAUGGACUUAAAGGGCACUUUGCAAAUGCCCAGCGCGUAGUAUAUAUCCAUGUUGUUGUAUCUGUGUGCAAGUCGGGAAGAACCAUUUAAGGCUUCUUCUUUAUCAGCAAUAAGUUUGGAAGGUGUCAGUCUCUUCUUUGUACAAAUCAUGGUCCAGUGUGUUCAUUACUGCUGUAGACAGAGAACACAUCACCAGUAGUUCUGGCAACGCUCUCCUGUCCCUGAGUAGCAGCAAAGAUGGGACAGUAGCAGCUGAUCCAUGUUUCUGAGCCUGACACCUGGUCAUUAAAGAUGUUCUGGGCAAAAUAUACCUCAGUGUUGUCUUUGCUAAAUACCACUUCUGACCAAUGUUUACAGUAGAGGCGAUGUGUCUGGAGAGCUGCAGAGUGGACAAUUUAUGUGGACACCACAUCAUGUAGAGUCCUAAUGUGUGAGCUUCUGGUUAAACCACCUGUGCUUAAGCAAGUUUAUAUUGCAGUUGUUCCCUGAUUUCUGGUGUUGCCUAUUGUGGGUUUUGAAGAUUGUUCUGAGUGCUGUGGGGUUUAUGUAGUAGAUUCCGAUUUCUUUAAAGUGAUCUCGGCUGCAGAUUUAAAGCGCAGAUCAUUUAACAGACAAAACCGGGUUGUGUUCAUUACGCAGCCUUGCUCAGCCUAUUAUAAUCUGUUACUAGAUGUUCUAGGUGUCAAAAGGCCGCAUACAUAUGCAUUAUGCCACUGAAAGGAAAACAGUAACCAAUAAAGUUCUAUCUAUUGUUUGUGAAAUGAUAGGUAGAUUGGUUGCUAUUGGCAACUUCUCCACUUGUCCAAUUCCCCACCCUUUUCACUGAUUGAUAAAUCAACCAAACUUGUUGUAUUGUAAUACAUUGCAUAAUGGCCCCUCAUAGCUGAUACAUCACCCUACUCAGUCCUGUUUAUGAAACCACAUUCCUAGAGUAUGAUUAAGAAAAGGUGACGUUCGCUUGUGACAUCUGCUGUUGAACUACAACUCUAAGCAUGCACUGCCAGACUAAUGCAGUUGAGCAAUUAGAGAAAUGCAAGAUUUUUCUUCUCUUAUAAAAAAAUCUCUGAUAGUGUCAUUGACGAGAUAAGAAACCUAUAUGCAUGCAUGUAGCGGAAGCUGCCAUUUUUUGGGCCAGGUUACUGCUAUAUUACUGGGAAGUAAUGACAUCACUGCUUCUGUGAUGUCAUGCUGCAUUAUUAGGAAUAUAAAUCCAGCCCACCAAAUGGCCACUCCUACUGUGUGCAGAUGAUGGAUGCACUUAAUACUUAGAAAUGUGUAUGAAGACUUGGGAUUUUUAUAGCGUUUGACCCGUUGUAGAAAUGCAUCUUAUAACAUAACCUAAUUUAUGAAGACAUUUUCCCAUACCAUGACUGCACCAGAGAUGACUGAAGUGGUUUGUUAUCCAGCUGUUCCUUGUAACUCUCCAUGCCAGGCCAGGAGUGGCUCACUGAUAAGUGUGAUGUGCAUCAAACCAAACAAACCAGUUCCCCCACGAGCCCCAGCCUUGUGCGACUUGUCUGUGCCCCCAUUCCUGGGAUAUAAUGCCCACUCCACUUCCUGCAGUCUAACUCAAACCUAAACUUCUGUCAGCGGUUUCAUGCUUUUCAGACCUUCACCGUAGCGAGACUCUGUUCUGGGAGAAAUCGUCUCCUUACUGUCCAAUAUCUUUUCCUGGCAAAUUAAAAAAAACAUUUUUUUGAACUAUAAUUUAUAAAGUGACAAGAUUAAAGUUAGACAUUGGUUUUAGUGAGCAUGUAUCGGUGCCGAGAUCUAAAACUUCCCAGAGCCAGGGACUCUGCAGUUGUGUGCUUGUUCACAUCUGCUUCAUGUGGCUUUUACAUAUGUUUUUACAUACCACAUGAUUGGCUGCCUGCAGUAGCACAUGGCGAUGACAUAAUCUCCAAGCGUCCACUGUGAAGUCGGAUAGACUCUGGUUACGGAAUAACUCGGGUCCAGCCGCUGGUGUGAAAGGAGUCUGAGCCGGGUUGCAGUGGCGCAUGCAGGGGGGGGUUUCUGACCAGCCAAAUUAUUCUCAGUACAAACCGCGAUCACUGAAGCUGCUGCUGCCCGGAGCUCUCGUCGGGGCAGAGCUCAGGCUUCACAGCAUGGAAAUUGCUGCUCCCGCUCCUCACAUUCUACUAUGAUAUGGCCCCAGAUGUGUGUGAAUGUGAGUGUGUUAUGUAAAUAUAUAUUUUAAAAACAAAAUACAGUAUACAGUAAUAUAUCUAUAUCUAUAUGUAUAUACCUACAUAUAUAUAUAUAUAUAUAUAUAUAUAUAUAUGUGUGUGUGUACGUACGUACUGCAGAGAUGUCCGGCACUCGGGGGAUUAAUGAAAAUGCAGAGGCAGGUUGUGUGUGUGUAUGUGUGUAUAUGUGUAUAUAUAUAUAUAUAUAUAUAUAUAUAUAUAAUAUACACAACACUGGAACCCCGGCACUCCGGUCUAACGCAAGAAAUCCUGCUCAGGUGCCUUCCCUUCAGGGCCUGGAACCGCUGAACAAUAUAUAGAGUCUUGGAGAGGGCGGCACUCAGAGACUUGAACAGCAAAGGUGAAUACAAAAACCCCGCAGGGCAACCUUUAAUGUAACGUUUCGGGGACUAACCCUGAACAGCAAAGGUGAAUACAA